CAUCAACACGAGGGGCAGCCUAAAAAAAAAAUUCAUUCAUCCAUCUGCCCGCAAAAGAAGAUUUACUCGUAGUUGUGAAGUUGGCAGUUUGUAAAACUUUUUUUUUUCACUUCAUAUGUAACUUCUCAUUCACGGCUUGACUUAAAGAGUAACUCAGGUGAACAUGACAAAAAUCCUAUUAGCGUGCAGCGUUGUUAAAUCACUGAGACAAGGAUGUCUGGUUGGGAGAAAAGUGGGAAACACGUCGGCCUGGCUGAGACUUCAAGCUACUAAACAUUUCAGUGUUAAGGCCCAGACAGCGCACCUUGUCCUGGAAGAUGGCACCAGGAUGAAAGGGUAUUCCUUUGGGCAUGAUGGCUCUGGAGCCGGGGAACUCGUCUUUAAUACUGGACUGGUGGGGUAUCCUGAGGCCCUGACUGACCCCAGCUACAGGGGUCAGAUCCUGACCCUGACUUAUCCCAUUGUUGGAAAUUAUGGGGUACCCAACACCCAGGAGCUGGACGAGAUAGGCCUGAGAAAACAUGUGGAGUCAGAGCGCAUCCAGGUAUCUGGUCUUCUGGUCCAGGACUAUACCCAUGAGUACAGCCACUGGAACUCUGUCAAGUCUUUGGGACAGUGGCUACAAGAAGAGAAGGUUCCUGCACUGUUUGGAAUAGACACCAGAAUGCUGACCAAGGUCAUCAGAGACAAGGGCACAGUUUUGGGGAAGAUUGAAUUUGAUGGGCAGCCUGUUGAGAUAACAGACCCCAACCAAAACAACCUGGUAGCAGAGGUCUCAACCAAGGAAACCAAAGUCUUUGGAAAAGGAAACCCGAUAAAAGUGGUGGCCGUUGAUUGUGGUAUUAAACAUAACAUCAUUCGCCUGCUGGUUAAGAGGGGUGCAGAGGUCCACCUCGUACCAUGGAAUCAGGACUUGAUGAGUCUGGAAUAUGAUGGCCUGUUCAUCUCCAACGGACCAGGAGAUCCGGCUCUGGCAAAGACACUCAUUGACAAUGUCCAAAAGGUGCUUGAGAGUGAUCGUCCCGAGCCAGUGUUUGGGAUCUGCAUGGGCAACCAGAUCACAGCUCUGGCCGCAGGAGCAAAGUCAUAUAAGCUACCUAUGGGCAACAGAGGCCAGAACCAGCCGGUGCUGAAUGUGAUGACAGGCCAGGCCUUCAUCACGGCGCAGAACCACGGCUAUGGCAUAGACAGUCAGUCCCUGCCCCCAGGGUGGAGCCCACUUUUCCUCAACGCCAAUGAUGGCACCAAUGAGGGCAUCAUGCACAACACUAAACCUGUUUUCACGGCCCAGUUCCACCCGGAGGCUAAAGGCGGUCCCACUGACACAGAGUUCCUUUUUGAUGCCUUCAUAUCUCUGAUCAAGAAAGGAAAGGAUGCAAACAUCGUGUCAGUCAUGCCCAAGAAACCUAAGAUGCCCCCCAGAGCCGAGGUGUCAAAGGUACUCGUACUUGGUUCUGGUGGUUUGUCUAUCGGUCAGGCUGGAGAGUUUGAUUACUCUGGAUCUCAGGCUGUUAAGGCCAUGAAGGAGGAAAACCUGAAAACGGUGCUGAUGAACCCAAACAUAGCCUCAGUUCAGACCAACGAGGUGGGCACCAAGCAGGCCGACUCCGUCUACUUCCUGCCUGUCACGCCAGAAUUUGUAACUGAAGUCAUCAAGACCGAGCGUCCGGAUGGCAUCCUGCUGUCCAUGGGUGGACAGACGGCACUUAACUGCGGAGUUGAAUUAUUCCAGCGUGGCAUCCUGGAAAAGUAUGGAGUAAAGGUCCUUGGAACCCCGGUAGAGUCCAUCAUGGCCACAGAGGACAGACAGCUUUUUGCUGACAAACUAAUGGAGAUCAACGAGAAGAUUGCACCCAGUAUUGCCGUAGAGUCUGUAUCUGAUGCCCUGAAAGCAGCAGAGAAGAUUGGCUACCCAGUGAUGCUACGAUCGGCCUAUGCCCUGGGAGGUCUGGGCUCUGGUCUGUGUGCCAACAAAGAAAGGCUGGAGGAAACUGCCAACAAGGCGCUGGCCAUGAGCAGUCAGAUCCUGGUGGAGAAGUCUCUGCUGGGCUGGAAAGAGGUGGAAUAUGAGGUGGUGAGAGAUGUGGCUGAUAACUGUGUGACCGUCUGCAACAUGGAGAACUUCGACCCACUGGGCAUUCACACAGGUGACUCCAUAGUGGUGGCACCGAGCCAGACAUUGUCCAACGAGGAGUACCACAUGCUUCGAGAGACAGCCAUCAAAGUGGUUCGACACCUUGGCAUUGUAGGCGAAUGCAACAUUCAGUACGCCCUACACCCGUCGUCCUUGGAGUACUGCAUCAUCGAGGUUAAUGCCCGGCUUUCCAGAAGCUCUGCUUUGGCAUCAAAGGCUACUGGGUAUCCCUUGGCGUUUGUUGCCGCUAAGCUGGCCCUGGGCAUCCCCCUGCCAGAUAUCAAGAAUGCUGUAUCAGAGAAGACCACAGCCUGCUUCGAGCCCAGUCUAGACUACAUUGUCACUAAGAUCCCCCGCUGGGACCUGGACCGCUUUCAGGGCAUGUCCCAUGAAAUAGGCAGUGCCAUGAAGAGUGUCGGAGAGGUGAUGGCAGUGGGCCGCACCUUUGAGGAAAGUAUGCAGAAGGCCCUGAGGAUGUGUCAUCCGUCAGUGGAUGGCUUUGUGCCCCGGCUGCCACUCAAGAAAGCCUGGGCUGACACCCAGGACCUGCAACAGGAGCUAGCUGUACCCUCCAGCACCCGUAUCUUCUCCCUUGCCAAGUCCCUCCACAGCGGCAUAAGCGUUGAUCAAAUCCACCAGCUGACUGCCAUAGACAAGUGGUUCCUCCACAAACUCCACAAGAUAACACAGCUGGAGCAGCACCUGGCAAACUACAGGAGUGCUACAGUACCCAAAGGACUGCUACUGAAGGCCAAGCAGGACGGCUUUUCAGACAGGCAGGUCGGUCAGAUUCUGGGCUCCAGUGAGAAAGCAGCCAGAGAGCUGAGGCUCAGUCACGGCAUCAAGCCCUGGGUCAAACAGAUUGACACCUUGGCAGCAGAGUAUCCAGCCAUGACCAACUACCUGUAUUGUACUUAUAAUGGUCAGGAGCAUGAUCUGGACUUCAAAGACCAGGGAAUCAUGGUUCUUGGUUGUGGGCCCUAUCACAUUGGGAGCAGUGUUGAAUUUGACUGGUGCGCAGUGUCCAGCAUCAGAGCUUUGAGACAGAUGGGCAAGAAGACUGUGGUGGUCAACCACAACCCUGAGACGGUCAGCACCGACUUUGAUGAGUGUGAUCGCCUUUACUUUGAGGAGUUGACCCUGGAACGCAUCCUGGACAUUACCCAGCAAGAGGGUUGCUCUGGCAGCAUUGUGUCAGUCGGAGGCCAGAUCCCCAACAAUUUAGCUGUGCCAUUGCACAUGAACGGAGUGAAGAUUCUGGGGACGAACCCCAUGCAGAUCGACCGGGCUGAAGAGCGCUCUGUCUUCUCCAGUAUACUAGAUGACCUCGGGGUGGCCCAAGCCCCAUGGAGGGCACUCAGCUCCCUGGAAGAUGCGUUUACCUUUGCCAACCAGGUGGGCUACCCCUGUCUGCUGCGCCCCUCCUAUGUUCUCAGUGGCUCUGCAAUGAACGUUGCGUACGGCGAGGAGGAGAUGAAACGCUUCUUGGAGGAGGCCACUCAAGUGUCCCAGGAGCAUCCAGUGGUCAUCACCAAGUUCAUCCGCGGUGCCAGGGAGGUAGAAGUGGAUGCUGUGGCCAAGGGUGGCAAGGUUCUGGUCCACGCCAUAACAGAGCAUGUGGAAGAUGCAGGUGUACACUCAGGAGAUGCCACCCUAAUGCUGCCAACACAGACCAUUAGCCAGGGCGCACUAGAAAAGGUUAAGAUUGCCACACGGAAAAUCGCACAAGCAUUUGAAAUUUCGGGGCCCUUUAACACUCAAUUUCUGGUUAAAGGCAAUGAUGUUAUGGUGAUCGAGUGCAAUCUGCGAGCAUCGCGCUCCUUCCCUUUUGUAUCAAAAACAAUUGGUGUGGACUUCAUCAAUGUGGCAACCAAAGUGAUGGUGGGAGAGCCUAUGGAUGAGGCCAGCCUGCCCUCGCUGGAGAAACCCAUCAUCCCUAUCGACUUUGUUGGUAUCAAGGCACCCAUGUUCUCCUGGCCACGGCUGAGGGACGCAGACCCCGUGCUUCGCUGUGAGAUGGCCUCCACUGGAGAAGUAGCUUGUUUUGGACCAAACAUUUAUUCAGCCUUCCUGAAGGCAAUGCUCUCCACAGGCUUCAAACUACCGCAGAAGGGCAUCCUGAUUGGGAUUCAGCAUUCAUUCCGACCCAAUUUCCUGGCUACAGCCCACCAGCUGAAAGAGGAGGGAUUCAAGCUCUAUGCUACUGAAGCCACUUCAGCCUGGCUGUGCGCCAAUGAUGUGCCUGCCACUCCAGUUGCCUGGCCCUCCGAGAAGGGAGGAGACGCCAGUUUGCCCAGCAUUCAGAGACUGAUCAGUGAGGGUCAUAUUGACCUGGUGGUAAAUUUACCCAAUAACAACUCACGCCAACUGAAGGACAACUUCGUCAUUCGCAGAAUGGCUGUCGAUCACGGUGUUCCCCUCAUCACCAAUUACCAGGUGGUGAAGCUGUUUGCAGAGGCUAUUCGCUAUGCUGGAGAACUUGACACAACAAGCCUCUUCCACUACCGACAGAAAGAAAGCAACGAAAGGGGGACUGGCCAACAGUGCUAAAAUGUCCUUGCCUUUGGUUCCCUUUGUAAAACAGCAGUAUGUGGGAGCAAAUUUUAAGUUAUGCAGUUUCCUUGUCUCCCCACCCCAUCGUGUCAAGAAGAAGAAGGGUUAUUCUAGUGAUAGGAGUUGCAGUCACUCAGGAGUUACCUAUACCAAAAAAAAAAAAAAAAAAUGUCGAUGCAGGUACAAUUUAUAACUCCAUUACAAAGGGUGACUUAAUAAAAAGUGAUACUAGCGUGGGAAAUUGUUUUUGCUUGUUUACUUACAUUUUUAAGGGGCCUCUAUAAAUGCAUCGCAUUUAAAUGUUUUAAGUUCAUACAGUUUUGUUUUAGGCUUAAAGUAAUGUCAAAUGUAUUAUAACAUUGCCUUUGAAAGAACUGUAUAUAAGGUCACUGUAAUGAAGGUAAUCCUUGUGCAUUUUUUUGAUAAGGAGCUUUUAUUUUUCAAGAGUUCUCUGUACAUGUUUGUGUUGUAAUGUAAGAAUCUGCUGAAACACAAUGAAGUUUUCUCUCACGUCA